AGGGAGGCUGGGAGUGGUGGUGCUGGUGCUGGUGUGGUUGGGCUGACUGCUUGAGGGGGGUGGUUGUGGUGGUGGUGGUGGUGAGGAUGGAUUGGGGGUUGCCGAUUUGUUGUGUAUUUCUUUCUUGGGUGUGGGAGGCGCCGGCUCGUUCGGGGGAUCAUGGGCUUCUCCCCGUCCCGUUUCGAUGGCAUGGGUUUCUCUUUUUGGGGUUGGAGGGACGGGAAAAGCGGGGGGAUGGAGCGCGGCGUCUUGUGUGUUCGUUUUUGCGCUGCGGGGGAUGGGCGGUUGAUCUGUCUUUUUGUUUCUUCUCGAUGGAAGGAAGUCUCUGAGCCGGGCUGGGCUUUUCUCGAGAUACAUACUUAAAUUAGUUACUGAUGGCCAGCGUUGAACAUAAUCACUCCGUUCUAUAUAUUUA